AUGGGAGUGACACUUCGAGCCAUGGGCGCCGACACCGCUUCCAAAAAGUUCGCUGUGUUCUUCGCAGUGAGCGCGCUGGUUCUCCUCGUGGUUCUAACGCGGGGCGUACCAAUUGAGCCGAUGAACUCACAGCAGCUCAAGGAAGAUGACACGGAAGAUGCAAUCCGAAGGAGCGAGAGCGCGCUGGAGGACCACGUGCGCAACCUCGAGAAGACCCAGCGGGAAAUGGACAAGGCCAAGCGGGAGCUGAGCCGGUUGAAGCAGCAGCUGCUUGACCUCCGCAACGCCAGCACCAACACCUUCCCCAGCGUCGUCCCGCGCAACGAAUUCGACCGCAAGCGCAUCCUCAUCACAGGCGGAGCAGGGUUUGUUGGGUCGCACCUGACGGAUGCGCUGAUGAAGCAGGGCCACGAGGUCACCGUCAUGGACAACUUUUUCACUGGGCGAAAGAAGAACGUCGAGCACUGGAUCAGGCACCCGAACUUUGAGCUGAUCAACCACGAUGUUGUUGAGCCGUUCAUGAUUGAGGUUGACGAAAUCUACCACCUCGCAUCGCCAGCCAGCCCGCCCCACUACAUGUACAACCCGAUCAAGACCAUCAAGACCAACACCCUCGGCACCAUCAACAUGCUUGGCCUGGCUAAGCGCGUGGGUGCGCGUCUCUUGCUCGCGUCCACAUCGGAGGUCUACGGGAACCCAACGGUUCACCCUCAGCCGGAGACAUAUUUUGGCAACGUCAACCCAGACGGUCCGCGCGCAUGUUACGACGAGGGCAAGCGCAUUGCAGAGACCAUGUGCUAUGCGUACCAGAAGCAGAGCGGGGUCGAGGUGCGCGUUGCUCGCAUCUUCAACACGUUUGGACCACGCAUGCACAUUGGUGACGGGCGAGUUGUGAGCAACUUCAUCAUCCAGGCAUUGCAGGGCCAGCCCAUGACCGUCUACGGCGAGGGAAAGCAGACGAGGUCGUUCCAGUAUGUGAGUGAUCUUGUCGACGGGCUCAUGGCGCUCAUGAACAGCGACUUUUCGGACCCCGUCAACAUCGGCAACCCAGAGGAGUACACGAUGGUUGACUUUGCCAAGUCGAUCCGGGAGCUUGUCGGCGACCCGAAAGUUGAGAUCACGCACAAGCCCGCCACCCAGGACGACCCACAGCGCCGCCGCCCAGACAUCACCCGCGCCAAGCAGCACCUUGGGUGGGAGCCGAAGGUGAAGGUGGUUGAUGGACUGAAGAAGACGAUUGAGUACUUCCGUCGCGAGCUGGAGCAGCCGAGUGCGCGCGCCGCCGAUGGCCGCGGUGUUGGCGGUCCAUAUGGGCACCAGAUCCACCUCCCCUAUGUCAACGAGGAGUAG